AUGUUUUACUACAUCACCCACCCGACUGGCUACAACACUAACCCGACUGGCUACAACACUAACCCGACUGGCUACAACACUAACCCGACUGGCUACAACACUAACCCAACUGGCUACAACACUAACCCGACUGGCUACAACACUAACCCGACUGGCUACAGAACUAACCCAAAUGGCUACAACACUUACCCGACUGGCUACAACACUAACCCGACUGGCUACAACACUAACCCGACUGGCUACAACACUAACCCAACUGGCUACAACACUAACCCGACUGGCUACAACACUAACCCGACUGGCUACAACACUAACCCGACUGGCUACAACACUAACCCGACUGGCUACAACACUAACCCGACUGGCUACAGCACUAACCCAACUGGCUACAACACUAACCCGACUGGCUACAACACUAACCCGACUGGCUACAACACUAACCCAACUGGCUACAACACUAACCCAACUGGCUACAGCACUAACCCGACUGGCUACAGCACUAACCCAACUGGCUACAACACCCACCCAACUGGCUACAGCACUAACCCAACUGGCUACAACACUAACCCGACUGGCUACAACACUAACCCGACUGGCUACAACACUAACCCAACUGGCUACAACACUAACCCAACUGGCUACAGCACUAACCCAACUGGCUACAACACUAACCCAACUGGCUACAACACUAACCCAACUGGCUACAACACUAACCCAACUGGCUACAGCACUAACCCAACUGGCUACAACACUAACCCAACUGGCUACAACACUAACCCAACUGGCUACAACACUAACCCAACUGGCUACAACACUAACCCGACUGGCUACAACACUAACCCAACUGGCUACAACACUAACCCGACUGGCUACAACACUAACCCAACUGGCUACAGCACUAACCCAACUGGCUACAGCACUAACCCAACUGGCUAUAGCACUAACCCGACUGGCUACAUCACCCACCCAACUGGCUACAACACUAACCCAACUGGCUACAACACUAACCCAACUGGCUACAACACUAACCCGACUGGCUACAACACUAACCCAACUGGCUACAUCACCCACCCGACUGGCUACAACACUAACCCGACUGGCUACAUCACUAACUCAACUGGCUACAACACUAACCCGACUGGCUACAACACUAACCCAACUGGCUACAACACUAACCCGACUGGCUACAACACUAACCCAACUGGCUACAACACUAACCCAACUGGCUACAACACUAACCCGACUGGCUACAACACUAACCCAACUGGCUACAUCACCCACCCGACUGGCUACAACACUAACCCAACUGGCUACAACACUAACCCGACUGGCUACAACACUAACCCAACUGGCUACAUCACCCACCCGACUGGCUACAACACUAACCCGACUGGCUACAUCACCCACCCGACUGGCUACAACACUAACCCAACUGGCUACAACACUAACCCAACUGGCUACAUCACCCACCCGACUGGCUACAACACUAACCCGACUGGCUACAACACUAACCCGACUGGCUACAUCACCCACCCGACUGGCUACAACACUUACCCGACUGGCUACAACACUAACCCGACUGGCUACAACACUAACCCGACUGGCUACAUCACCCACCCGACUGGCUACAACACUAACCCGACUGGCUACAACACUAACCCGACUGGCUACAUCACCCACCCGACUGGCUACAACACUUACCCGACUGGCUACAACACUAACCCGACUGGCUACAACACUAACCCGACUGGCUACAUCACCCACCCGACUGGCUACAACACUUACCCGACUGGCUACAACACUAACCCGACUGGCUACAACACUAACCCGACUGGCUACAACACUAACCCGACUGGCUACAACACUAACCCAACUGGCUACAACACUAACCCGACUGGCUACAUCACCCACCCGACUGGCUACAACACUUACCCGACUGGCUACAACACUAACCCGACUGGCUACAACACUAACCCGACUGUCUACAUCACCCAACCGACUGGCUACAACACUAACCCGACUGGCUACAACACUAACCCGACUGGCUACAUCACCCACCCGACUGGCUACAACACUUACCCGACUGGCUACAACACUAACCCGACUGGCUACAACACUAACCCGACUGGCUACAUCACCCACCCGACUGGCUACAACACUUACCCGACUGGCUACAACACUAACCCGACUGGCUACAACACUAACCCGACUGGCUACAUCACCCACCCGACUGGCUACAACACUUACCCGACUGGCUACAACACUAACCCGACUGGCUACAACACUAACCCGACUGGCUACAUCACCCACCCGACUGGCUACAACACUUACCCGACUGGCUACAACACUAACCCGACUGGCUUAAACACUAACCCGACUGGCUACAACACUAACCCAACUGGCUACAACACUUACCCGACUGGCUACAACACUAACCCGACUGGCUACAACACUAACCCGACUGGCUACAACACUAACCCGACUGGCUACAGCACUAACCCAACUGGCUACAGCACUAACCCAACUGGCUACAUCACCCACCCGACUGGCUACAACACUAACCCAACUGGCUACAACACUAACCCGACUGGCUACAGCACUAACCCAACUGGCUACAUCACCCACCCGACUGGCUACAACACUAACCCAACUGGCUACAGCACUAACCCAACUGGCUACAGCACUAACCCAACUGGCUACAUCACCCACCCGACUGGCUACAACACUAACCCAACUGGCUACAACACUAACCCGACUGGCUACAACACUAACCCAACUGGCUACAACACUAACCCGACUGGCUGCAACACUAACCCAACUGGCUACAACACUAAUCCGACUGGCUACAACACUAACCCGACUGGCUACAACACUAACACAACUUGCUACAACACUAACACAACUGGCUACAACACUAACAAAACUGGCUACAACACUAACACAACUGGCUACAGCACUAACAAAACUUGCUACAACACUAACACAACUUGCUACAGAACUAACACAAUUUGCUACAACACUAACCCGACUGGCUACAACACUAACCCAACUUGCUAG